CGGUUGGGACGUUUCUCGGAUUACACGCAGCGCAGUUCUUCGGGGGAGGUCAGUCGUUUUGGGAAGUUUUUAAGAGUGUUUUGUGUGUGACAAAUGUGUUUGCCGGAUUGACCGUUGGAUUAUUCGGUGUGUAGGCAGCUUAAUUCCUCGAAUUUACGAGGCCAUUUUUUUGCGGAGCCGGAGGAUUCCCCCCCGGUCGGUGACAUAAAUAUUUAUACAUUUCCCGAGGAAAACUCGACUGCGGUUAAUGAAAGUUGACAAAGUGAGUGACGCAUGGCUUAACGAAGGAUACAGCAAAUCGCUCACACAUGGUGAAGUGUUAAUCCCGGGCUUGAUUUUUGACCCUGAAUCAGCAGAGUGAAAUUGUAAACCAGAAAUUGCAUUGAAAUUUGCCCAACUGAAGCUGUAAUUGAAAAAACGCGGAAAAAAAGAAGAGGCACAAAAUAAAGUCCGCAACGAGUGAUUGAGUGAGCGAGCGAUCUCGGUGAGCCGUUUUCACAAGUGAGACAAGCGCGAGGGGAAAAUUUAAAUUAAAAAAGGAUUAAAGGAUUAAAACAGUGCACUGGUGCGGAAAAUUUGGUGUGUGUGGGUGUGCGAGUGCACCCCGAUAUCCCGAUAAACGUGUUGGCCGUUUUUUUUUUUUCAUUUUCCACGGUUGUUGCAGAAUUUCCAUCGGUCAGGUGGAAGCAGGACGACCAGGAAAAGAGUUAAUGCAUUUAAACGGCUGAUAAAGAUGGCGAAAAUUGUGCCAAAUUAUGCUCCAUCCGGUCGAGUGACACAACCGUUGGGGCUUUCUUCGGCCAGCAGCAGCUCGAAUCAGCACCAGAACCAGCAAUAAUCACAUCGUGGAGGAAACCCUCUCUCUCACGUGUGUGUCUGGUGCAAAAUAAUAUAAAGAAAAAUCCCCCACAAACAAACAGUGCAAAUAAUAAUAAUAAAAAUAAUAAUAACAAUCAUAAAGCAGUUCAGGGCCCGGCUUGACAGUGUUAAAAAUUUGCGAAGCAAAGGAAGAAAGUGGAUUAGUGUGCAACAGCAGAAGCAGCAGGUCGCAACCGGAAGUAAGUUGUGACAAGUCGCUGUGUGUGUGUGUUUGUGGCCCUCGAGCAACAGCCAGCAGAAGCAGGUUGGCAGAUUUUGGCUCAUCGCCAAACAAACGGGCAACCAAGGCUCGCGACCAAGAAAGGAAAAUAACAAGAAUAAGAGCAACGGUCUCCGGAGGCUGUGUGUCUUUGUGUGUGUUCAGAGAAGUGUCUGGUGCUAGCGAUGCGAAAUCCGUGAGAUUGUGUAAAGUAUCAUAACAGUAACCGCAACGGGUUUUUCAUACCUUUGUGCAACAAAAGAGCCGGAUUUGUUGGUGAUAGUGAGGGGAAAUUCGCCUGCAGGCUUCAGGAAAUAAGAAGAAGAAGAAGAAGGAGGAAAUUCAUCCUCCCCAUCGCCAUCAUCGUUACAAACAUACACACUCACACAGGAGGAAACGAGCACAGUAAAGGUGGAAAAUUAUGGCCGGAUAUGUGUGUCAUAUUUUACUAUUUUUUCUGUUCGCCCAGGAAACGGCUUACGGCACAUCGUACGGCAACUCGCUGUCCGACCCGCUGUCCGAUCCGGACUUUAUCGACAGCCCACCGAUGAUUCAGCCCAAAUUCACCUCCCGGUCGCAGUCGAUACGGGCCGUCAUUGGCGAUACGAUCACGCUGCCGUGUGACGUGGAAAACCUGGGCAACAACAUCCUGCUGUGGCGCCGGGGGAGUGCCGUCGUGACCGCGGCCAGUCUGAUCAUCACGCGGGACACGCGCUUCAAGCUGCUCAAAGGGUACACGCUGCAGAUCAAAAAUGUGCGCCCGCAGGACGCCGGCGACUACAGCUGCCAGGUCGGCGAUCACGACAACCGCGAUCUGGUGCACACGGUGGAGAUUCUGGUGCCACCGUCGGUGCGAUCGAAUCCGGAAACGGGCCACGUCACCGUGCGGAAGGGUGGAACUGCCACGCUGGAGUGUAAGGCCAGCGGGAAUCCCGUUCCGAGCAUCAGUUGGACCAGAAAGGACUCGCUGCACGGAUCGCCCCAUCUGGCGGAUGGACCGACGCUGACGUUGGACGCCGUCUCCCGGCAGGACAGUGGCACGUACCGGUGCUACGCGGACAACGGCAUCCGGGAGCCGGUGUUUGUCGACAUGCAACUGAUUGUGCUGUCUCCACCAGAAAUUACCGUGGAAAAGACGUGGGUUCAUGCCGGAGAAGGAUACGAAACACAGCUGGUCUGCACAGUUCAUGGAGAUUCUUCACCAGAGCUCGUGCACUUGCACCACUUGCAGAUGAUGUGGUACCAGGACUCGUUCCUGCUGCACCCGAACGACCGCCGGACGAUGGACACCCGCGGGGACAAGCACUAUCUGACGAUCCGGAAUGUGCGCCAGUCUGAUUUUGGUAAUUACAGCUGCGUCGCGGAAAAUUCGCUGGGACGUGCCAAAAAGUACAUUGAAGUGUCCGGUCGACCUGGGCCGGCUCAGUUCCACUCGCCGAUGUACAGCCGCUACCGGGAGAUCUACAACCUGACCUGGAGCGUCGAGUCCUUCCCCUCGAUCGAGGAGAUUCGGCUGCUCUACCGGAAGCUGAUGAUGAACGAGUCUUAUCAGCAUCCGGGCAGAUGGCACGACGUCAUCCUGAACCCGCCGUCCUCCCGGGCCGAGUCCUACCGUCACAUAAUGACGUACACGAUCCGGAGCCUGGACCCGAACUCGGUUUACGAAACAAUCGUGCAGGCCAAAAAUCGAUACGGCUGGAACGAGGUCAGUGACAUCUUCCAGUUCUACACGCUGAGCACCGACAUGCCGGAGGAGGCCGUCGAGCAGACGCUGGGUUCGACCGCCUUCGGCAACCCGUUCAGCUGGGCCAGCAGCGUUCAGCCGUGUCCGCAGCUGAACUGGAUGCUGCUGGCCGUGGCCGCCGUGAUCACUUCGAUGAAGCUUUUUGUCUGUUUGUAAGUUGGUUAAUUUUUGUAAGAAUUUUUUAUUUUAGUUUUUUAGUGCUAGCAAUUGUGCCAUUCGAUAAGUUGUGAAAAGAAAAAAAGCUGAUUAAAUUUAAGAGCAAAAAGUGAUUGUUUUGUGAAGCCUCGCUUAAGUUGUGCUUGAAAAAGGCUUUCGAUUAGUUCUACUCUUAAGUUUUGAUAUAGAGAUGCUACCGUGUAAAUGACGAAACACUGUAAAACUAAAUAAAGACUUGAUAAGCAAAUGAUUGAUACACACACUGCACACAGCACACACACGAAGCCACGUUAGAACACACAACAAACUGACUCAAACAUUAAACUAUUUUCUUUUGUACAUUGCGAAACGUGAACCUUCCUAGGGCCAGAGCAUUAGCAGAAAGAUUGAAAAAAAACUGUAUUUUAAGAGAUUUACCUAGUGAUCGUACUAAGGAAGAUAAAAAUGAUAAAAAAGCAAAACAAAGUGAAAUAAAAGUCAAGUAACGAGUAAGAAAUGAUACAAAAUAAGUGUAACUUUACCAGUAAGUGAAUGUAAAAGUAGCGAGUAAGAUUGAUUCCACAGAAAAAAAGUGACUAGAUUAUCCUUUGUGAAUACCAAAAAGAAGCUAAUUGCAGAAAAAUGAUCAAAUAAUAAAAGAUUUUUUUUAAUAAAGCUAUUUUUGAAACCCAAA